AUGUGGAAACUCCAGCGACCAAGACACCCCCUGGAUGUGUCAGGCUACAUCUGUGCACCAAACGGCGCAAUACCAGAGGUCGCGCGAGACAGAGGCUGCGAGUUUGAUGGCCUCUCAUUCCACUGGUUCCCGAAAGAGCAUACAGAGGACAAGGACAACGUCGCUAUCCUCCGCGAGUUUGAGGACCAUGGUCCAUGGCUUCGAUACCUGGACAAGGAAGGCAAAUACCCAAUACCCGCAGACAACCUUGUUCUUACGUCCGCAUAUCUCACCAGAAGGGAACACAUUAUCCACUGCAAAUAUGCCCUGCGUCAGACUCACCUGUGGGUCACCAAAGGUUGGGACGUGCCGUUUAACUACAAUCAUACGCUGCAUUGCACAGCGUAUCUGGUGGACACCAUAAUGGAGAAUCCGCCCGCGGACUUGUAUGACAUCACCACACAUGUCACCCCGUUCCCUGAAUAUGCCCCAAUUGUACACCCGUAUUACCCCUGUGAAGAGGAGGGAAUCACAUGUCUCUCAUGGUGA